AGUUACUGUGUAAUAUUUGACAAUGGAUACAAACCUCUUUGUAAAUAUUUUGUGACUUAAUAUUUUUUAAUUUAAAUUUGUGUUGGCACAAGAGUUCCUAUGAAGAGUAUUUCCUUUAAGUUGUCAAAUAUUUUUUUCUAAAAAGCUUUAUUGGAGACUGUAUUAAAUGUGAGACAAUAGAAAGAAGAAGUACAAAAUUUGAGUCCAGUAUAUCAUCAUAUGAAGUACAGUGAGUAUUGUUAUCUGAAGUACAGUGAGUAUUGUUAUAUGAAGUACAGUGAGUAUUGUUAUCUGAAGUACAGUGAGUAUUGUUAUAUGAAGUACAGUGAGUAUUGUUAUAUGAAGUACAGUGAGUAUUGUUAUAUGAAGUACAGUGAGUAUUGUUAUAUGAAGUACAGUGAGUAUUGUUAUAUGAAGUACAGUGAAUAUUGUUAUAUGAAGUACAGUGAGUAUUGUUAUAUGAAGUACAGUGAAUAUUGUUAUAUGAAGUACAGUGUGUCUAUUGUUAUGUGAAGUACAGUGAGUAUUGUUAUAUGAAAACAGUAUUAUUAUAUGAAAUAUAGUGAAUGUAUGGUUAUAUGGUGUACAGUGAGUCUAUUAAGUAGUGAGUAGCAUACAAGGAAUUGAUAUAUUUUGUUAAAAUCUUGAAAUUUAAUAAAAUUAAGGGAUCAUGAAGGUAGUGAAGAAACUUCAUCAGUGUCCUGUUUGUGAAAAAGUUUUUCAGUUUCAUUAUAAACUAAAGAGACAUAACAGUACUCACACAGGAGAGAAGCCAUAUCAUUGUUCAGUAUGUCUGCAAAACUUUACUGCUAAAUCCUCACUUAACCAACAUCAGAAAGUUCAUACUGGAGAAAAGCCAUAUCAUUGUUCAGUGUGUCUGAAAGACUUUGCUACUAAAUAUUCAUUUAACCAACAUCAGAGAAUUCAUACUGGAGAGAAGCCAUAUCAUUGUUCUGUGUGUCUGCAAGACUUCACUACUAAAUCCACACUUAACCAACAUCAGAGAAUUCAUACUGGAGAAAAGUUAUAUCAUUGUUCAGUAUGUGUGAAAGACUUUGCUACUAAAUCUUCACUUAACCAACAUCAGAGAAUUCAUACUGGAGAGAAGCCAUAUCAUUGUUCAAUGUGUCUGAAAGACUUUAAUGAUAAAUCUUCACUAAAUAGACAUCAGAGAGUUCAUACAGGUGAGAAGUUAUAUCAUUGUUCAUUUUGUCUGAAAGAGUUUAUUGAUAAAUCCUCAUUAAAUAAACAUCAGAGACUUCAUACAGGAGAUAAACCAUAUCAUUGUUCAGUGUGUCUCAAAGACUUUUAUGAUAAAUCCUCACUAAAUAUACAUGAGAGAGUUCAUUCAGGAGAAAAACCAUUUCAGUGCUCAGUGUGUCACAAAGACUUUAGACAAAUUGGUAACCUGAAAUUACACAUGAGACUUCAUACUGGAGAGAAGCCAUAUCAGUGCUCAGCGUGUACAAAAUUAUUUAGAGUAAAAUGGGCUCUGGUAAGUCACUUGCGCUGUCAUACAGGAGAGAAGCCAUAUCGGUGUACAAUGUGUCAAAAAGACUUUACAGAAAAUUGUCACCUCACUAAACACAAGAGAUUUCAUGCAGGAGAGAAGACAUAUUGUUCAGAGUGUUUGAAACACCUCAUUGAUAAAUCCUCACUAAAAAAAAAAAGCAUCAGUGAGCUCAUACUAGAGAGAAGCCCCUCUUCAAGGGGGGCUCCUUGGCGUGGUGAAGAGGCUCUUGGUCUGAGGAAUUAGCCCUGUCGGUCUUCUUCCUCAGACCGAACCUAAUUACCCCCCAUUCUCCCCUCCCCUAUCCCAUCCUCCCCAUCCUCCCCUUUUUCCAUUCCUCCUCCUCCUCCUCAU